AUGACAACGCCUCACCGUGUGUCAGCCAUUUUGACAGAUUGCACUGGAGAAUAUUUUGCGAUUUUUGCGAAACGAUUACGUCUUGGAGAGUUCGUGCGAGUUGACGAGUUGGAGAAAAUCAUGAAUCUCGCUACAGGAGUUCCUGUGCCCUGCCUGAGCCCUGGCCUGCCUACAGUGGUGAUGGGAGAUGGGACCAGAUGCCUGCUGGACAACAACACUCUCUGGAUACCAGCUGGUAAUCCUGUUGACCUCACACUGGCGCCUGGUUACCCACAGCCAACACUCCUGCAGCCUAGAGUUCAGCCCUCUAUGCAUGGUAUCACCCUGCCUACUACAGUCCAGCCAACAGCCAGGUCUGUGUUCCAGCCGGCAGUUCCCCAGCCUCCAUCUCCUGGCAUCAGUGGCACCAGUGGCUCCAGCCUGCCCAGUUCUCAGCUUGACCUGCAGCUGAUAAGGCCAGAGGACUUCUCCUGUGUCCUGCCCCCACUUGACCUUCCCAGACCACUUCCCCAAUCCAUGUCUGUAUCUAAAGCAAGUCAGCCCAAAGCCACGUCCAAGACCCCUAUCCUGUCAAAGCGAAAACCUGAGCUCAAGCCCUGCAAGCGCAAGCCCCGCACUUUCAGACCAAAACCUGAGCCAAAGCCUCGCAUUCCUAAGGAGAAAGUGAGGAAGAACCAGCCAGAGAGCAAGCCCUACUUUGUGCCUCAGCCUCUUGGAGCUAAGCACAUCAAACCCCAGAGCAGAACCCUGGGGGACCGUAUCACUAAGCCCUUGGGUGAUCAUGGUAUCAUUAAGCCCUCAACUAAGCUUAGUUUCGCUGGACAGCUGAAGUCUGCUGAUCGUGCUUACUUGAAGCCAAAGUCUGUCUUGCCCAGUACAGGUUGCAAGACUUUGCCUGUCCCUGUUAAGAAAGUAAAGGAUAAGGUUGUUUCAGAAUCAGAGAGUGCUAAGUCAGGUAAUGUCACUGUUGCUGACGAAAGUGUAAAUCCAGACAAGGCAGUUGACAGAGAUGAACCCAACUCUGAUGAUGAAUAUGAUGUGGAAUAUCUGUAUCUUACUAAACUUAUUUUAAGAAAAAAGAGGAAACCCACUGCUGAACCCAGCACAGAGCCCCUGCCCUCACGCAAGAGGAAGUGCCCAGAUGACAACAGCCAGGUGCCCCAAGCCAUGAAGCAGGCAAGACUGGAGGAGCCCCAGGACUCUCUGGAGGACCUGGAAGCUCUCCUGGCUGAGUACAGCACCAGUCUGUCAUCUGGCACCAGGGACUUCUUCUAAACACAAUAAGGUGCAGGGGAACAGGUAAGUAUAGAUAGGUGUAUAGUUAGGUGGCUGUUUAUAUAUGAUAUCCCACAUGUCUCUCGCCAUCCAUGUUUGCUGUAUGUACAAAACAUGGUGGUUUUUCCUGUGCUCUCCCCUUGUCUCUCUCUCUCUCUCUCUCUCACACACACACUCUCACACACUCACACACACUCUCUUGAACCCACGCGCACACACAGACACAAACAAACAAACAUCACACUUAUCUACAUCUACUAAAUUCAGUGUUAUUUGUUGUGAUUGGCAGUUCUCAGCCAUCUGCAUAUUCUAAAUUCUGAUUACCAUACUCUCCAUACAACACUACCAUACUCUCCAUACAACACUACCAUACUCUCCAUGCAACACUACCAUACUCUCCAUACAACACUACCAUACUCUCCAUGCAACACUACCAUACUCUCCAUGCAACACUACCAUACUCUCCAUACAACACUACCAUACUCUCCAUGCACACAUACUUCCAUGC